AUACGCGUCUCGCAUCAGUUCUUAGCUGUUUUUGUAGCCAGCACGUUCUAUACGCGCGCGUUUUACCCACAAUCACACAUACAAACACAGCCAUUUGCCGCAUAAACAAGAGCAUUUUUAUAGCGAUGGGCAAUCACAAGGUGUUAAAAACGGCUGGAAUCAAUCUGAGAUACUCCAUGUACGAUUUUAUUGAAGCUGUGAAGAAACAUCACAUCAUUUGGGAUCGAGAGCAUGAAAAUUUCCACAACCGCGAACUGCGCGAUCUGGCCUGGCAGCAGAUUGGCCAACAGCUGUGCAAGAAUUUCGAAGUGGCGAGCAGUGCGGAGAAGCAGGAAAUCGCAAAAACUUUGCUCAAACGUUGGAAAAACACGCGCGACAGCUAUUUGCGCGUAAAUCGGCUGCGACAAAGCGGCGAAGAGAUCUGCCGCGCCUCUUACAUUUACGAAAAGGAACUAAGCUUUCUACUUGAUGUUAAACCAGAGGAGGAGACAGAUACGCUAAAAGAAGAACCGAAGAAACGAAAACAAUUUCGCAUAUCGCGCACCCCAGUUAAGCGCCGUCGUGCAUCCGAGAAUCCUGUCCUAGAGCAAGAUAAUAAAGCGACAUUAGCGGAGGAUGGUCAACACUCGGUGCUGGAUCACUUGAAUUACACAACAGAUACCAACUCACCCCUGCCUGCCGCUAAAGGAACCGAAACGAGUAGUUCCUACACUGCGGAACUCAAUAAUUCAUCUGCGAUUCCUGCACCGGCAAUCGCUGCUGACCCUGAUCCAGAUCAGGCAUUUUUCGAUAGUAUAAAGCCGCAUAUGCAGCGCAUGAGCAGCGAUCAAAAAUUAGACUUUCAAAUCCACGUGCUGAAAAUUCUUCGACAUUUUAAACCAAAUUAAUAAGCUUAAGUACCAACUAUAACUUUAAGAUUAGUUAUAAGCAUUCCUAAAAGAGUUUCACUGUAUUUAUUG